AUAAUAUAUCUUCAUCUCAACCCUACCCUACAGAUUACCAACCAACCUUUUUGAGAAUUUCGAUACUCUUCCUCACCUAAAUUCACAUCUUCUACUUUGUAUCUGCGAAUUGAUCUUCAGUAAUAACCAUGUCCCAUCUCUCGCCGGAAACGAUAUUCUCUCCCACAGUUGCCCGUCAGCAACUCGCAGCUGCCAAAGAUUGGUCAUAUAUUGACAACUGGCUUUCGAUCAAAUUCGCCAAUCAGGGCAUCCCAUCCUUCGAACGAAAUCCUUCUACACUUAAAGCGCUACUCUCUCUCGCCUCACUGAACGAAACUGCAGAUGAGGAACAGGAACUCUUAGCUCGAUCGCAGGAAAAAGCUCUUACCGCCAUACAAACCUCCCUUGAAAACGACCCGAAUGCCGAGCUUUUACAUAGUCUGGAAGAUUCCCUUACUCCAGAAGGUCAAACCUCUCUCGAGACCCUCGCAUCCUUAUCGACGACCCUCAACCUAUCCACGCCCUCCCCCGAACUCAUCGGCCGCAAACUCCUCUCCUUGCAAACAACAUCCUACACACUUUCUCAAGCCAGCUCCCGCGUAGCUACCCUCCAGCGCUCUCUGACUACCGAAAUGACCAACCUAAGUACCCUCAUCGCCUCUCUCCAAUCACCAUCUUAUCAAGCUUCCACCGACCUCCCCAAACAAACGGUCGACCUCCAACGCAAAGCAAAAAUCCUUAGCAGCAAACUGCCCGAAAUCCGCGAGCGCAUAGCUGCCCUAUCAUCUUCAUCUAACACAUCUAUGCCGAAAGUAACUGUUGAGACUAUCAAAGCUGAGGAAGAGAAAUUCAAAGAGUGGUUAAAGAGAGUCAAGGAUUUGGAGACGCAGGUCAAGGCAUUCCAUGGUUUACCACAAGAUGUUGAUCUGGCAAGACUAGAACUGGAGAGUUUGAGAAUGGAGCUGAGGGACUUUACAAGAGAAAGAGACGGGUUAUUUGAGGGAUUGGUGGAGAGAGAAAGUCCCAAAAAGAGGGGACGAUAGUAUGGUAGGUAGUCAUCCGAGAUUAUUUACGAUUAGAAGCGAAUGCACUACACUCAUGAAGCUGUCUCAAUGAAGGUCGAGAACAGGUCAAUUAAAUUUAACGCAUCUCGUUAUA